UCAGUCAAGUUUUGUGAGUCGGAGGGAACGCAGCAUUUGAUUACAGAACGGAGACAUUUGUGUAUUUUUUUGUUGUUGUGGAUUUUGUAUCGCGUUCUUUCCAUACUGUAAAGGAAUUGAAACGCGCACAGGUUGAACAGCUAGUACAUAUAGUGACUUUUGUGAUAUCGCUUUAAAGCGAAUACCUUUUUCUGGGAACCUUUGAAGAUCCGGAUAACAUGGAUGGAUUCUACGACCAGCAAGUCCCAUUUAUGGUCCCACCCAAUAAAUCUCAUGUGGAGGAACCAUACAGCAGACCAGUCAUAGACAACAGGAAAAGGAAGUUUGUAGACACAGAACUCGCCCAGGACACGGAAGACCUCUUCCAAGACCUCAGUCAGUUGCAGGAGAUCUGGAUUGCAGAAGGUGAGUUAUCUACCCAGGUGCCUGAUGACGAACAGUUUGUCCCGGAUUUCCAGUCUGAUAGCUUAACGUUUCAUGGCCCCCCACCAUCCAAGAUUAAACGGGAACUGAGUCCUUCCAAAGAGAAUUCUCCUUGUAGCCAGGACAGGAGUCCCAUGCCGUACGGAGAGAAGUGCCUUUACAGCUACAGUGCCUAUGAGAGAGAACCUAGUGGGGGCUAUAAGCCAUUGACCCCUCCCUCUACACCCGUGUCACCAUGCAACUCUACCAACACCCCAGGGACACACCCACUCAGCCAGCAGACUCCUCCCCCUCAUCAAAUACCCAAUCAGAACCAGACGCAAGGGCCACACCCCCUGCAGCACGUGCAGCCUGACAACCAAGAAGUUGGCCCAGCUCACAACCAGCAGAGGACACUCCCCCUCCAGAGCCCGCCCUACGCAGUGCCCUGCCCCUCCUCACUCCUCAUUCAGGAUGGUACCUACAGCUCUGAACACAGGUUCCAGAGGCAGAUGUCGGAGCCAUGUCUACCCUUCCCUCCCUCUGAGAGCCAGACUCGCUCUCAGUUCCUGCCCCAGCAGCAGGCCACCAGCCGCAGCACCCUGCCCAGGGACGGGAGGCCCCCCUACCACCGCCAGAUGUCUGAGCCCCUGGUCCCUGGUCCCGUGCCUCCACCCAGCUUCAAGCAGGAGCUGCUGGACCCUCGCUACACCGAGCAGGGUGUCCCCUCCAUGGGCCCCCCUCAGUGUGCCUUCCACCCCAUGGCCAUCAAGCAGGAGCCCCGGGACUUCUGCUUCGACUCUGAAGUGCCUAUCUGUCAGUCUACAUUUGGAAGAGCAGGGACCUUCUACCAAAACAACCAUGAAAGUUUCUCCUUUGACAGAGAGCCUCACCUGUACUAUGACGAUACCUGCGUGGUUCCUGACAGACUUGAAGGGAAGGUCAAGCAGGAGCCAUCAGUGUACCGUGACGGCCCGCCCUACCAGCGGCGCGGCUCUCUGCAGCUCUGGCAGUUUCUGGUCACCCUAUUGGACGACCCGGCCAACGGUCACUUCAUUGCCUGGACAGGCCGGGGCAUGGAGUUCAAACUCAUUGAGCCAGAAGAGGUGGCUCGCCGCUGGGGCAUCCAGAAGAACAGGCCAGCAAUGAACUACGACAAGCUGAGUCGUUCUCUGCGCUACUACUAUGAGAAGGGAAUCAUGCAGAAGGUAAAGGUUGCUGGCGAGAGGUAUGUGUACAAGUUUGUGUGCGACCCUGAGGCCCUGUUCUCAAUGGCCUUCCCUGACAACCAGAGGCCCAGCCUGAAGGCCGACCCAGACAGCCUGCCCUGCGUUGGGGUGGACGACGACACCCUACCCCUCACCCACUACGACAAGAACACCCCUUACCUGGUGGACUCUGGGGAGCAGUGUGUAGGUCUGCCCUACGGGUACUGACACACCUGCUACUGCUCCUAAACCCAACCCAGAGAUCAAGCUCAGACGGCUGAGGCUGAGCUAGAAACUGGAUCAAACCAAACCUGAACCCGAAACCUCCCUCUCGCCGCUAAGUUACUCCUCCGAUUCUGCCCACUUACAGAUUAACUUAACCCUCCCCCUAAAAUGACUGAGGAGAAACCUGCACCAACCACCUUCCUUGGCAUCAUCUAUAGUACCAAGAGAGAGGUGGAAGUGAGGGUGGAAUGGACUCCAGUGGCUCCGCCAACUCUCAAGGCGAAUUGGCGUUGUUGCGAAGGAGACGAAGUGGAAGUUAUGAUGGGCCAGGGGCCGUGUUAUGAUGACAACAUGCCGGAGGACUGACCGAUAGAUCUCUCCGUGUAGACUGCAAGAAUUGUAACAGUUCUGAUUUUUGACAAUCUGCUUUUUCUAAAAGAGUAAAAUAAGUAUAUUAAAAGUUAAUUCUGACAAAAACAUUAUCUAUAAAUACAGCGCUAGUCUGUAGUUGCCUUUUUGGUCCCACAUAAUUAUUUAUUUUUCUGCUACAUAUGAACGAUAAGAUCUGUGUAAGCAAGGGCUUUGAUUUGCAAAAAAAUAAAACAAAUAGUAAAAUAGAUAAAUCUAUAUCUCUCUCUAAACCCACAGACCUGUUGGUUUCUGUAGACUUGGUAUAGAAAUGUAUGCUGGCUAUUCUAAAUUGCUUAAGGAUUUAGACGUAGUAGGACUCUAACCCACUGGGACAUUCUGUUGUUUCAGAAUAGAUGGAUGGAUUCCUCAGACCAGAGGCCUACGUUUUUGUGUUUAAUGCCGGCCCGGCUGUGUUAUCUAGUGGAAUGAAUGAAUGUUUGUGCUGGGCUAGCUAAGGUUACCUGUGAGGAGCCAGACUAGCUCCGAGGACUGUGCCUGCGUCUGAAGUGACCCUAUACACUACUUUACAAAGCCAAUGUGGCUCUGGUCAAAAGUAGUGCACUAUAUAGGGAAUAGGGUUUCAUUUAGGGUGCAGACUGUCUGGUCCAUUCUCAUUUAUACUGACACUCUACACAAUUGUAUUUUUUUCAUAAACUCUACUUGUAUUGCCUAAUAGUUGUAACUAAUCAGCGCUCUGCCUCCCCAAAAACAAAAUGCCCUGCAGGAAUCUUUUUUUCAUUUUCCAAAAGGGACACCUCGGUCAAUAUUUUCCCCAGAGAUUUUUAAUUUAUACACGCCUAAAGUUAUAAAAAGGUUAUAAUAAUAUUUUUUAUUUUAUUGGGUGCUUGAUGUUUCCUAGGCAGUCAGUGUACUAGUUUCUUAGAUGCACCAGGAUGGCAUCUUUCAGGACAUUGCAUGCGAAGGUGUGAGAUUCUACACCUUUCCCUGGAGUCCUCUUUCUGCCAAUCGCAGGUUGUCAACAAGAGACCCCUGCUUCUCUUUGCAUGACGGUAUAUUCAAACAAACUGUCCACUAACAUAUGGCUUUCCUCUACUCUGGACAAACAAGACACAUUGUGAAAGUUCUCUGCAUUUUGUUUGUUUCUUAAAUGGGGGGGGACAAACUUAUAUAAAUAUAUAUUUUUGCUAAGUCUGCAUCUGUUUUGAUUUGAUUGUAUAAGCCUGUAUAGUUCUGUCUAUAACAUAUGUAUCCCAGUGACACGAUUAUUACUGCAGAUAGUUUUUCUUUAGAGGCCAUUUUUGGUGAAUGGAAUGGUAGGAUAAAGAACGAGAAAAUAGUAUUGGUUAUAAAGGGGUAGUGUGGGAGCAUCCCAAAUGGUACCCUACUCCCUAUAUAGUGCACUACUUUUUGAAAAGAGCACUAUGUGCCCUGGUCAAAAGUAGUGCACCAUAUAGGGAGUAGGGUGCCAAUUCAGACGUUCUCUCAAUUAAGAAAUGUGAGUAUCCACCUCUAGUCUCUACCCUGACCUAGGGUUGUCUGAACCUGUAUAGGCUUCACCUUCUCUCCCUCUUCACAACGUGUACCUUACACUGCUGAGUUUAUAAUGAUCUGUACUGGGUACAAUAAACUGUCCUUUCUGCUUCA